AUGGUAUCUGCAUUCCAGAUCGGACUCAUCCUCGCAGUGUCCCUUGGGUCCUUGACAUAUGGCUACUGCAGCAGUAUCAUCUCAACCACCCUCGGACAGCCGAGUUUCCUGUCCUACAUGGGCCUGGAUACGGCAUCUAACGCAACUCAGCUCGAGGGUGCCACAAAUGCUCUUUUCCAAGUCGGCGGUCUCUUUGGCUCCAUCUCAUCCCUAUGGAUCCCAGACAAGAUAGGGCGCAGAUGGGCCCUCUUCAUCGGUGGCACCUUUUCCCUCGUUGGUGGCGCCUUACAGACGGGAAGUGUCGACGUGGCCAUGUUCAUUGUUGCGAGGUUCAUCACGGGAAUCGGCGUCGGUGCUUUGGUCGGCUUGGUCCCAUUGUACCAAAGUGAAGUCUCCCCUACCAACCUACGAGGGUUUCUCGUAGGUUUGCACGGAGUCAUGAUCUGCGUUGGCUACACAUCUGCCAGUUGGAUCGGUGUCGGCUUCUACUUUGUCCAUGGUGGUAACCAGUGGAGAGGCCCCUUGGGCUUCCAGAUGUGUUGGCCAUUGGGGUUGAUGAUCGCCCUCCCAUUUGUUCCAGAAUCGCCUCGUUGGCUCCUCGCCAAAGGCCGCAAAGACGACGCGUUCAAGGCUUUCCGUACAGUUCACGACAGCGGUGUCAAAGUCAAGGAUGGCCAGCACGAAAUCGCCGUCAGGGAGGAGUUCCGUCUACUCGCCGCCCAGACAGCCCAGGAGAUGAAAGACGAUGUUCCUCUCAGCGCCUUCUUCACUCGACCGAACUUGUUCAAGAGGUGUGUGAUAGGGUUUGGUGUCAUGUUCGCAGCUCAAGGAACUUUUACUCUCGUUAUCAACAACUACGGACCGAUUCUAUACAAAGGACUCGGCUUCAGCACUGUCGAUCAGCUUUUGAUUCAGGCUGGCUGGAUCUCGGUCUGUCCCGGGGGCAAUGUCAUCAACGCCCUCAUUGUGGACAAAAUAGGCCGCACGAGACUCUUGAUGUUCGGGUUUGCGGGCACCGUUACCGCUCUGGUUGGAGCUUGUGCGACCGUCGUUGUCUACAAUAAUCAUGGCCAGUCUCGUUCCGUUGCCGCCGCCGCCGUCUUCUUCCUGUUCUGGCACAUCGCCUGCUUCUGCGUCUCGGUGGAUGCUACUUCCUACAUCUACGCCUCGGAACUCUUCCCGACUCCGCUUCGAGCCCGAGGUAUCGGCAUCUCCAUAUCUGGUCUUUUCAUUGCCACGAUCAUCUUCCUGCAGGCCGCGCCCACUGCCUUUGCCCACAUCAACGGUUAUUACUAUCUUGUCGGUACUUUUGUCACAAUUUUCUUCUUCUUCGUUGCUUGGUUUUACUGGCCGGAGACCAAGGGAAGGUCUCUCGAAGACAUCGCCGAGAUUUUUGGCGACAAUAUUACUUUAGAUGAUGCCGAGGAAGAGGCCAUCCACAAACGCUUCAGAGAGGGACAUUACCAGGAGAAGGCCAUCGCCCAGGCCGCAGACGAGAUCCGACACCAUAGGGAGAACGAUUUUCCAAUUGAUACUAAUGAUGUUUCAGCGGAGGUCAAAUCAUUGUAA